UUGCUGUGGCUGUAGUGUAGGCCGGUGGCUACAGUGCUGAUUUGACCCCUAUCUUGGGAAUUUAGUAUGCCGAGGUGCUGCUCUAGAAAGACAGAAAAGAAAAAAGAGAAAGAAAAAAAAUGCUGUGGGUGGGGCCUAGGAACCUUGCUAUGAUUGGAUUCCAAGAGGCCCUGCUACUAAGUGGUCAGAUGUGUAAAACCCAAUUGGGUGAGGUACCCUUGUAACUGGCUGAAAGAGUGGUUGCAUUUAGUCUAUAUUAUUGGGGUCUGUUGGCGAAAACGUCUGGUGGCUCAAAAUCUGAUAGGAAGGACGUGGCUGUCGUUCCUUGUAACAAAAUAUUUGAUAUGGAAUCCUAUUCUAAGAACUCAGGCACUCAGGUAUCCACCAUGGUAUUAGGUCCUGAACAGAAGACACCGUCUGAAGAUGCUUCUGGAGAACAUGGGGACACGGCCAGUCUUGGUGCCAUCAACCCUGCCUACAGUCACUCCUCUCUCCCGCAGUCGCCCGGGGGGCUCUCAGAGGAGCCCUUCACCACCUACUUUGACGAGAAGAUCGCCAUUCCUGAGGAGGAGCACUCGUGUUUUAGCUUUCGUAAACUCUGGGCUUUCACGGGACCAGGAUUUCUUAUGAGCAUUGCCUACCUGGACCCAGGAAACAUCGAGUCUGAUUUGCAGUCUGGAGCAGUGGCUGGAUUUAAGUUGCUCUGGAUUCUUCUGUUGGCCACCAUCGUGGGGCUCCUGCUCCAGCGCCUUGCAGCUAGACUGGGAGUGGUCACUGGGCUGCAUCUUGCUGAAGUGUGUCACCGUCAGUAUCCCAAGGUUCCGCGAAUUAUCCUAUGGCUAAUGGUGGAGUUGGCUAUCAUUGGCUCAGACAUGCAAGAAGUUAUUGGCUCAGCUAUUGCCAUCAAUCUCCUAUCUGUUGGAAGGAUUCCUCUCUGGGGUGGAGUUCUCAUCACCAUUGCAGAUACCUUUGUAUUUCUCUUUUUGGACAAGUAUGGCUUGCGGAAGCUAGAAGCAUUUUUUGGUUUUCUCAUCACCAUUAUGGCCCUCACAUUUGGAUAUGAGUAUGUUACAGUGAAACCCAGCCAGAGCCAGGUGCUCAAGGGAAUGUUCCUGCCAUCGUGUUCAGGCUGUCGUACCCCACAGAUCGAGCAGGCUGUGGGCAUCGUGGGCGCUGUCAUCAUGCCACACAACAUGUACCUGCAUUCUGCCCUAGUCAAGUCCAGACAGGUAAACCGAGCCAAUAAGGAGGAAGUGCGAGAAGCCAAUAAGUACUUUUUCAUUGAAUCCUGCAUUGCUCUCUUUGUUUCCUUUAUCAUCAACGUCUUUGUUGUCUCAGUCUUUGCCGAAGCGUUUUUUGAGAAAACCAACCAGCAGGUGGUUGAAGUCUGUAGAAAUAGCAGCAGUCCCCAUAGUGACCUUUUUCCUGAGGACAACUCGACACUGGCUGUGGACAUCUACAAAGGGGGUGUGGUGCUAGGGUGUUACUUCGGGCCGGCGGCACUCUACAUCUGGGCAGUGGGGAUCCUGGCUGCAGGACAGAGCUCCACCAUGACAGGAACCUACUCCGGCCAGUUCGUCAUGGAGGGAUUCCUGAACCUGAAGUGGUCGCGCUUCGCCCGAGUGAUCCUGACGCGCUCUAUCGCCAUCAUCCCCACUCUGCUGGUGGCCGUCUUCCAGGAUGUAGAGCAUCUCACAGGGAUGAAUGACUUCCUGAAUGUCCUCCAGAGCUUACAACUUCCCUUUGCUCUCAUACCCAUCCUCACGUUUACAAGCUUGCGGCCAGUAAUGAGUGAAUUCGCCAACGGGAUAGGCUGGAGGAUCGCAGGCGGUAUCUUGGUCCUCAUCGUCUGUUCCAUCAACAUGUACUUCGUCGUGGUUUACGUCCAGGAUCUAGGGCAUGUGGUGUUGUAUGUGGUGGCUGCCGUGGUCAGCGUAGCUUAUCUGAGCUUCGUGUUUUACUUGGGUUGGCAAUGUUUGAUUGCACUGGGCAUGUCCUUCCUGGACUGUGGGCACACGUACCACCUGGGAUUGACAGCUCAGCCUGAACUCUACCUUCUGAACACCGUGGAUGCCGACUCACUUGUGUCUAGAUGACUGACAGCCGGAGAGACUGUAUAAGACCCACUUUCUCUUAGUCCUUUUGCGCCACGUGUCCUGUUGACAUAGCUCUGUUAGUGCAGAGGUGAGUUUUGUUCAAACGUUUUGAACAAAAGGCAAAAAUUUCCUCAUGGGAAUGGUGUUAAAAGCUGACGGCUGUGAAGUGUGGGUCAGAGACUUACCUCGAAGCGGUCCUGCCCGCUGAGGAGUCAAAGGAUUAGCCUAUGAUGGCCACACACCCCAUGGGCUUGUGUCUUAACGUCUGGAAUUUUAAAAAUACACGUGUGUAUAUGUUUCUAUAAACCUGAACAUACUCGUUUGGGUAGAGUUUUUAAGGUUAUAUAAAAGCGAUAGAUCUUUUGUAUUUUUUUAACAAAUGUUGAGAUAAGUCAGAUAUUUAUUUUGUUUGGAUCGCAAGUGACAAAGGAAAAGGAGCAUGGCUCUUUUUCUAAAUGAACUGGUCACACUGGCUGACUUUUUCAAGUGAUGCUUGACGAUGGCCAGUUAAAUUUCACUUUGAUUUUAAUCGACCCAGCCUGGGUAAACGGAUACCCAGGCACAUCAUUUCCAAAGAAAACAUUUCUUCUUUUCCGCAGUCCUAUUUAAUCCUGGUUGUUGGCGUGCUUUGUGAUUUUUAUUUUCUUUGUUGUUGCUUUUCUUGAAAUUUUUUUUUUUUCAGAGAAAUGUGUAUUUUCCUAGUAGCAGGAUCCAGAAAUCAUACUUUAAUGAAUGAUCAGUUUUCCACACAGCCUUUUAACUCAGCCCAUGCUGGCAUUUCAGUUGUAGGUAUGAAAAGAACAAUGCUAGCAUUUAAUUUGUAAGUCCCAGCAGAAGCUAAUGGAGGCAUUGUGUUUCUUUCUCACAUGUGUCAAGUCCCACUGUGUCUUUUCUUCCCACUUUUCCCAUCAACACUCCAGACACCAUUUCCAAGUCAGUUUCCAAGAGUGGCUAAUAUUUCUAAUGCUGACUUUCCUAGGGAAUGCUAAGUGUUUUAAGAUAUUUAUACCAAGCAGUAUGAGAUUAGAACUAGACUGGCACUUACUGGAACACUAGUCCACCUGUCACAAACUGCCUGCCUACAUGUGACUUAUAGGUUUUUUUGUUUCUUGUUUUUUUUGAUUGACCCCUCUUCCUAACCAGGAUUUUUCCUUCUAUAACAUUUUUAUAGUUAAAAAUUAAUAUUUAAAAUUUUAAAGCUUCGUCAUAAUUAUCUGGUCGAAAGUGACAAGAUUUUCAAUACGGGGUUCACGUUCCUUCAUGGAAGUGCAGUUGGCUUGAACCAAAUGGCAACUAUCCAUUUUUCAUGGAAUAUACUCCAGGGUGGCAUCCACACCCUCUCUCAUUUCCUUCCAGCCCCAAAGGCACUGAGUUUGCAAACCCAGCAGCCUUGGUAGGUUUAAGCAUCAUUUUCUUCUUUCAGCAUUAAGAGAAAUAUCCAACCCCUCUUGCCUUAUUUUAAAGUGGAGUACCUUUCAAUAAGGCUUAAAAAAUUUCCAAACAUGGCCAAUCUUCAUUGAUAAUGAUGUGAUCCUCUGAGUGGCAAGGAUUUUUCCAAGACGAUGCCUUAAAAUUCCCCCAUUUUGUUGUGGCCCUUCAAACUUCUGAUAAGAGCAGCAAUCUUGGAAUCUAGGUUAGACCUUCUGAUCUUAAAAAGGCAACUGAGUUGACAUCAGUUAUCAUCUUUUAAUUGAAAAAGAGGUUUAUGAGUUUCAGUGUUUUGGUUUCCUUAUGUAGAGACAGCAACUCUAGGUGAAUCAAUCUGUUGGGUUUUCCUCCUUCCCUGGGCAAUUUCAUUUCUCAAUAGUUUCAUUAUCAGAGAAUGGGGAAAGAAAAAAAAAAGACCCCCAAAAUCCUGUUUCUCAGCCCAUAAAAAGAUAAGGUGGUUGGUUAAACAGAGAUUUAGUUCUCUGAGGAAUUCUGUAGCUUUUCUCUAUGCUUUAACUAUUGUUACUUAGAACAGACUAUAGUGUUUACAAGGGUUUAUAAAUAUACCCCUCAAGUCAAAAAACUCCUAUAAUCAGAAAAUUUGAUAAUAUAAACUGAAUCAUGCUAAAACCAGAAGAGGAGAUUGAUGUCUAAAGAAUUGAGUCUUGGGUAAAGUUUUUUGCUAAGUUAAGGAUAUUUAAUCUUCUCUAAUUUAUGAUGUACAGUUCUGGAUUUCCAUGUUAUGUGCUUACAAUAUAGAUAUUAAUAUAUUCAGUCCUCAGAUUAGCCCAGAUGCAUAUAUACUCAGUCAAUUCCUGCGGAUUAACACUGUGGAGUCAAUUUGUAAAAGGAUGCUCUGACAAUGUAUACCCAGAAUGUCAGAAAAAUGCAGUUAAAUAAUCAUUACUGAGCAGCUGCAGUUGGUCUAAGAUAAAAGGCAAUCAGAGCAUAUCCAGGCAUGUGAAAGGGUUGAGUUAGCAAGACAUCAGAGGUUACAGUAGUCAAUGAAAAUAGCCUUCUCAAUUUUAAAUAUUAUAUUAAAGCCACUAAACUGUUGCCCCAGAAGUAUUGUGCAAAUUCAGGUACUGUAUUUUAUCUCUAGGGUCUUCAUGCAAUGGCCUUCCCUCUUUACCCAAGCUACUGUGGGUAACUGACAUCCUGCAUUCUUAACUUUCACAUAUGAUUUUACAUUUUAAUUUAAACAGAACUUGUGAGUGCUCAUGCAUACCUGCUCUUAAUAAAUACUUCUCAUUGCCUUUCUCAAGCAAUAACCGUAUUACUUGAGUUCUUUCAGAGUAAGAUAGAGCCUAUUGGAUUUGGCAAGAAAAGCCUGUUUCUGAUCAAACACUUCAAUUAAUCUGUUUUUAAUGCUAAGCAUAAAAAUAGAGAGAGUGGGGUCUUUUCGGUAGCCUGAUUAGAACUGUCUUCUCAUUGUGUCAUUAAGGUGAAGGAUUUUUCUGUGCCAGCUGUCCUGUCUUUCAUGGAAAAUAUUAGAGUCAACUGCUGGAAUAGUCACUCCAGUGGAAUAAAGUAGUUGGAUUCCUUC